AACUCAUAAAUACUGCGGCGGCUCUCAUGGCCGGGCCCGGAGAGCGAGCGAGCGCGGCUGGCAUCCCCGACGGUGAGCCGGGUCCCGAGGGCGCCCCGCCCCAGCCCCCCGACUUCCAGUCCCGCUGCAGCCCGGAAGCCUCCGGAUAACCACGCCCCCUGAAGAUCCUCUUCCUGCCCUGCCUCCUGGCCCCACGCACAGACAGACAGUCGGACAGACAGCACUGCUAAGCUCCCUCCACUCUCCUCCCUGCUGAGGGAACCCGGACUUUGAUCCACUCCACAGCCCUUCCUUCCCCUCUCUGUCCACCACCAUCGCCCUACCAUGCACCCACUUUCUGGCUGGUGUCUACUCCUUCUUUUCUCCAUGGGAGUCCAGGGAGCCCCGGAAACCCCCAGCGCUAUCCCAGAGCAUGUCCAUCUGUCCUACCCAGGUGAGCCAGGCUCCAUGACUGUGACCUGGACUACAUGGGUUCCAGCCCGCUCAGAAGUGCAGUUCGGGAUGCAGCUGUCCGGGCCGCUGCCCCUCCGGGCGCAGGGCACCCACACCCCCUUCGUGGACGGGGGCGUCCAGCGGCGCAAGCUCUACAUCCAUCGGGUGACGCUGCGGAAGCUGCUGCCUGGGGUCCAAUACGUUUACCGUUGUGGCAGCGCCCAAGGCUGGAGUCAUCGGUUCCGCUUCAAGGCCUUGAAGAAGGGGGUUCAUUGGAGCCCCCGGCUGGCAGUGUUCGGGGACAUGGGGGCUGACAACGCAAAGGCCCUCCCGCGGCUGCGCAGGGACACGCAGCAGGGCAUGUACGAUGCCAUUCUCCAUGUGGGAGACUUCGCCUACAACAUGGAUCAGGACAAUGCCCGAGUUGGGGACAGAUUCAUGCAGCUCAUUGAGCCCGUGGCUGCCAGCCUGCCCUACAUGACGUGCCCCGGAAAUCACGAGCAGCGCUACAACUUCUCUAACUACAAGGCUCGCUUCAGCAUGCCAGGGGACAAUGAAGGCUUGUGGUACAGCUGGGAUCUGGGUCCAGCCCACAUCAUCUCCUUCUCCACCGAGGUCUAUUUCUUUCUCCAAUACGGCCGCCACCUGGUUCAGAAACAGUUUCGUUGGCUGGAAAAUGACCUCCAGAAGGCCAAUAAGAACCGGGCAGCGCGGCCGUGGAUAAUCACCAUGGGUCACCGGCCCAUGUACUGUUCCAACGCCGACCUGGAUGACUGCACAAUGUAUGAGAGCAAGGUCCGCAGAGGCCUCAGAGGCAAGUAUGGGCUGGAGGAUCUUUUCUACAAGCAUGGGGUGGACCUGGAGCUGUGGGCUCAUGAGCACUCGUAUGAACGGCUGUGGCCCAUUUACAACUAUGAGGUAUUUAAUGGGAGCCUCCACCAGCCCUACACCCGCCCUCGAGGUCCUGUCCACAUCAUCACGGGAUCUGCGGGCUGUGAGGAACGUCUGACUCCCUUUGUCAUCAAGCCGAGGCCCUGGAGCGCGGUGCGCGUUAAGGAGUAUGGGUACACACGGAUGCACAUCCUCAACGGGACCCACCUUCACAUCCAGCAAGUGUCUGAUGACCAGGAUGGGAAGAUUGUAGAUGACUUCUGGUUGGUGAGACCUCUGCACGGCCGGAUGAUGUACCACUAGGCAUGCAGGCUGCUUUCGUCAGGAUCUCGGCCUUGCUGCCUUGGCUGGUGCAACAGGACAUUCAUUGGUCAGGGCAGGCCCAACGACUCUGCCCUCCAGAGAUCCCAUGUGGGCUGCAUGCAGCUUGAGGGAGGGCAGCUCUCUCUCCUCCGGACACAUGGGAGUCCUAGCUGGCUGUGGAGGGAGGGCAGGUAUGCAGGCUCCCGGGCCAGCACGACACACCCUCCUCCUAGCACUGACCGGGCUGGGUACUCAAGUGCCUCAGAAUAAAGAGGCUUACAGCUGUGCCCCUGUGCACUCCCACCUCUGCUGGCCAUGCCUCGAGCUGCCCCCGCUACUCGGUGCCCACCCAGUGUGGGGCAUCGCCAGCUGCAAGGCAGCAGUGUGGGCUCAGCCGUCAUGCACUUGCUUCCCAGCAGGUGGCGCCAGCAACCUUUUCGUCCCGUCUUGCCCCUCUGUCACUCAAACCUGGCACCCACCUCUGCGGGCCGGGCCGGGAAGUGCUACCCAAUGUCCUUCUGCACCUCAGUUUCUCAGCCAGUGCUCCCUUUUGUGGGAAGAGGGGGGAUAAGGAGGGGACACAAUAACAUUUCCGGAUUCUGGCUGGGGACCAAGGGGUCUCAGGAGCUCUCAGACCUGUCAAUUUCUUCCCUUUUCUUCUUUUUAUUUAUUCAACCACGAUUUAUUGAACAUCUGUUUGUGCCAGGCUGGGUUCUCAGUUCUAAGAAGCCAGCCCUGAACAAGACACCUCACUGUCUUCAUGGAGUAAAAACAUUGCAACCUGGGAAUUGGACAGGAAGAGCCUUAAAUAAGGAGGUUAUGGGGCUGAUGAACUCAGCAAAGGCGGGCAAGAGAGAGAGAGAGACAGAGACAGAGAGAGACAGAGAAGGGUUAGUUUUCUGUGGAGACAGAGAUGAAGGUGGAGACAGGUGGGCCGAUGCCUGAGGGAGGAACUGUACAAAGCUCUGGGAUGAGGCAAGGCUGACCUUUGGAACACUGGCCCGGAGGCUAAUGCUGCAGGAGCAGAGGGACUUGGGGGUGGGGCACCUUGUGGGCCCCAGCGAGGGCUUUGGGUGGAGCCACUGGGCAGCCUUGAGCAGAGGAGGAAUUCCUGAUUGAUCCAGUGGUCGGAUUCCAGCAGUGUCCGGUGUGGGCUGCCUGCCCUGGGUUCCCAGCCCUGUGGACACCUCCCCGCUCUCCCUCCUUUGUGCUGGACAGCUCCGGGCUCUUCCAGUCUUAAUCUGAGCUCCCUCACCCUGGCCUCCAGGGUGUUUCUGGAACACGCCAAGCGCCUGGCCACUGUGGAUACACACCUUUGGCCCCAGUGUCCCCCUUUGAGCCUCACGGUGACCUCAGCUGACACAGGCCUCUCCACUCCAUGUCCCUUCUUCUUCACAAUUCACGGUGCCCUCUUAGAUUUCAUUUAUUCCCUGUCCCUCUUGCUCCUGGGCUGGGGGUCUCUGACCAGGGACUUUUUGUUCACAGACAAGCGCCUCCUGGGCCACUUGUCAGGCCAGGUGACAGCUCACUGGAGGGCUGGUGAGAGCUGCACCCAAUAUAACCCAGCUCCUCUGGUCACUUAAUAUUUGUUGCCUAGAUGAAGGUGACCACAGGCCAGGCGACACUGGGGGUCAUGUCCUGUGGAGUUUGCAGGUGGCCCACCCAACCCAGGUUGCCCACUGUGAGGGAAGGCCACGGAGGAGCAGGCUGGGGCCUUGAGGUCACAAGCCAGAGUCACUUCGGGUGGGUGCACCGUGGUCUGUCACGUUGCCCCCAGGCUGGGGUGGGAUCCACAGAAUGUGAAGACGGCCCAGCUCUGCCCUCCCUGUGGAACCCCUCCUGUGAGUCCCAUGUCCUCAUGUGAGUGGUAAUACUUUGUGCAUUGUCUCGGGAUUAAACCACCUUGGAAACCUU